GCCUGAUCUAAUAUCCGGUAAUAAACGUAACGUUGCAGCAGCACGCUCUGUCUUUUCCAGUCUCCAGGGCCGGAGUAUGUAUUUUUCAACCGCAUAAUCUGUACGGGACGGAGCGUCAAGGAGAGGUCUGUGGGUGCUGCUGUUGCCUGCAGAUUAGCUGCCUCUCGUUCGUGUGCAUGCAGCCGCCUUAGCUUUGGACUCCAAUUGUCGCCCACUCAAAUCGGCUAGUGACUCGAGCUCUGCGCAGAGUGUCUGCCGUCGAGGCUCCCUCCUCCGUUCCUCUGCAAGUCUACUGGGUCCUCGCAGCCCUGGAGAACGCACGGGUCCUGCCUUACCCUCGCUCGCACGAGCACAAGCAUCUCCCCGAUCCGUACGCCAAGGUGACGUCGAGCGGAAGGUGUUCGACUGCGGGACAAGGCCAGGAGCAGCGGUGGGGAGCGGGUCUGCGACAAGACGAGGAGAUGGGGGAGGCGGAAUACGAGAGCUUGCCCACGGACAACCUGUGGCAGCACCUGUUGGCUGGGGGAAUGGCAGGCAUAAUGGAACACUGCUUCAUGUACCCCGUGGACUGUGUCAAGGUUAGCAGGUUUUCUCCUAUGGUGUUUUCUAGCCGUUGUGAAGUAUUGUAAAACACAGUGACAUUUACCAACUGAGGGUGUGGAUUUCGUAUAUGCACACUCACUGAGGUCAAGUGGCUGGGCAAUCUUACAGGGGUCACUUUGUUUCUUUCUUUGUGCGGCUGUGGUCACUAGACCUACCCGGAUAGACACCUGAUGAGCUGAAGGAAACCCUUUCCAGUCACACACUCACCACACAUAUGGAAGUAUCAUGCUAGCACUUCCUAUUCCUAUUUUGUACCUCUUACUCUCUUUCCCAACCCCCUUCCCUGCCAUUCCAGACUAGAAUGAUGGUCCUACAGCCCAGCCCAGAGGCGAAAUAUCGCAGUCUGUAUGAGGCUUUCUCUAAGAUCAUAAAAACGGAACACACCAGGGCCCUCUUCCGUGGUAUUGGCGUGGUGGCAGGGGGAGCAGGCCCGGCACACGCUCUCUACUUCUCCUGCUACGAGGUCACCAAGAAGUACCUCACCAAGGCCAACACACGGAGCACUGUACUAGCACAAGGCGGUGCCGGUGCUAUAGCCACUUUGAUACAUGACGGUUUCAUGAAUCCUAUCGAUGUUGUGAAGCAGAGAAUGCAGAUGUACAGCUCUCCAUAUCGAGGCGUCUUCCACUGUGUGUCCUCCGUGUACCAAACGGAAGGUCUGAGCGCCUUCUAUCGCAGCUACACCACCCAACUCACCAUGAACAUCCCCUUUCAAGUGGUGCACUUUGUCACCUACGAGUUCCAGCAGGACUUUUUCAACCCUACUCGCGGGUACUACCCUCUCUCACACAUGCUCUCCGGUGCGGGUGCAGGGGCUCUGGCCGCCGCUAGUACAAACCCGCUCGACGUGGCAAAGACGUUUCUGAACACUCACCACCAGUCGUGGACCCUUCGCUCCGAGGAGAGGGUCCACGGCAUGGUGGGAGCUGUGGCAAAGAUAUACCAGACUGCAGGUGUUAGGGGUUUCUUUAGAGGCGUGACGGCGAGAGUGGUCUACCAGGCACCCUCCACAGCCGUCUGCUGGUCAGUGUACGAGUUCUUCAAGUUCUGGUUCGGACUCAAAGAACAGGAAGAGAUGGCCAUCGCUAACAUCACAGCCAACGCCAGCUCAAACUCCAGAUAGCCACACUUUCUUUAAUUCCUCCCCUCUCCACCCUGGUCUUUCUCAUUGUUUCAUGUUUCCGUC